AUGGAUGCUACAACUGAGUAUGAAAUGACUAGACCUGUAAGUCUAGGGUUAAGAAGGAGAGAUAUUUCUCAGUAUUUGAUCAGGAACGAUGCCGAAUCACUAAAGAGCGAUUUCUCACACUCGUCAAAAACCACUAACAAGGAAACUGCUACAGGAAUUAGCAAUGACGAAACCUACUUGCGCAUUGGUAGAGGCUCAAUAAAGAAACCAAUAGAAAAGGAACACCCGAUAGGAGAAAGAGAUAGGUCAAUAUUUCCAAUCUUUGGGAAUACAGAGAAAGUGGAUAAAGAUGAAUCACAGGCGAUUUACACGGAUGAUGGGAACAGAAAAGAAAAUUCCGAUACAUUAGUUGAGCAGGAAUUUCAGGGAAUUAAAAAUGAUGAAGCGAACAGCGUCGAAAAUUCUUUUACGUCAGAACCAGUUUUAAAAGAGGAGAGAGGCAUAGUGCAGGAACCUGAUGAAUAUAUUUACAAAAUCCUUCGAUUUAACGAAUCCUAUGACGGUGGACUGAGACCAAAGAACAUCUUCUCGAGAGUUAGUCUUCAGCAACACGUGGAUCGGGGAAGUAAGGGCCAGGAAUCGAGGUUUAUUUCGUGCUGCAAAACACUGUAUGGUAUAGAGAGGCUAGGAAGCCUAACGAAUGAGUUUCAAAGAAUAAGAGAGGUAGUACGGAUAAAUAUAACAAAGCUUAAAGACAGAGCCCAAAUUAUAGACCUGACAAAGGAGGAAAUACGAGAACGUCACAUAUCACGUUAUUCUACAGCAUGGGGAUAUGCCGAAAGGUUUGAAGAAGUGAUUAUAGACCCAACGUCACAUGUUCCUUCAGAAUGUGUGGAGAAAAUCGGCGUCGUUCAUAUGAGAAGUUUCAAAAAAACAUAAAGUGUUGAGCAAGUAUUGACUUGAGAAAACAUUAUUACGUACUUUACAAGCUGAUUACAAGCAGAUUGUGGUUUUUUGUCUCGUUUAGAAAUAUCAUCUAAGUUUAAAUAAAAUUUCAGAUUUCCUGGAAAGCCAUACUCCCAACUGAAUAAACAUCUCUGUCUAUUUUCAUUGAAAAACAUGUUGCUCUCUAGAGCCACGAGUUUUGUUUUGUUUACAUAAGAAAAUGGUAUUAAAGUUGAUUUCAUAGAAAAUACAAUUUCAUCUUGGAAACACUUUAGGUCAUCUGUCGUGUUUAUCAAUAUUUCCUCCCAUGGUGACCACGGUGUUUUGCAUAACUUCCACCGUCAUUCGUCCAGCAUCCGUCAUGUUUUUUUUUUUGUUUUUUCUUUUGGCAACCUUUUCCAUAUAGUUCAGCUCGUCUGGACGUCAAAGUUUCGUUGAAGUAGAUGGAUCUUAUUUGUUUUGUUGGAUUUUGGUUGUAGGAUUUUAUAUUUCGUGUGUUUCCAUAUCUCUGUAUCUAAUAGAUUUUACUAUAAUGUCUCUAGUUUUCGGUUUGGAUCGUAUUUGCCCACUUCGUGUGACCUGAAAAAUCUUUGGUCGAGAUUUUAUAAUUGUUUUCAUUUAGAACAAGGUUGUUAAUGACAUUCACAGGUAGUUUAUCAGCAGAUUCGUCUUGUUUUUCAGGAAUGACAGUUAAUUUUCGAGAAUUUCACCUUGAAUAUUAUUCUAUUUCGUCGAUUUUUGACGUGAGUUCAAUUAUUAUUUCUUUUCUGAGUGAGCUUAUCUCCGAGACAAAAUAAUCCAGUAAGAGUUUUUAGCUCACAUGAGCUGAAGGCCCAAGUGAGCUUUUCUGAUCAAAAUUUGUUGUUUGUCGUCGUUGUGGUCGUUGUCGUCGUCGUAAUAUUUUCACAUUUUCAUCUUCUUCUCAAGAACCACUGGGCCAAUUUUAACCAAACUUGCCACAAAGUAUCCUUGCGUGAAGGGGAUUCAAGUUUCUUCAAAUGAAGGGCUACACCCUUUUCCAAGGGAAGAUAAUCAUGAAUAAGAGAAAAAGUAAUGGCAUUUUUAAAAAAUCUUCUCCUCAAGAACCACUAGGCCAUGAAAGAUGAAACUUAUGUGGAAUUAUCCUCAGGUUGUGUAGAUUCAAGUUUGUUCAAGUCAUGACCCCCGGGGGUAGGGUGGGGCCAAAAUGGCCGAUGAAAGUUUUACAUAGGAAUAUAUAGAAAAAAAUCUUUAAAAAUCUUCUUAUCAAGAACCACUAGGCCAGGAAAGAUGAAACUUAUGUGGAAUUAUCCUCAGGUAGUGUAGAUUCAAGUUUGUUCAAGUCAUGACCCUCGGGAGUAGGGUGGGACCAAAAUGGCCGAUCAAAGUUUUACAUAGGAAGAUAUAGGAAAAAUCUUUAAAAAUCUUCCUAAGAACCACUGGGUCAGGAAAGAUGAAACUCAUGUGGAAGCAUCCUCAGGUGGUGUAGAUUCAGGUUUGAACAAAUCAUGACCCCCCCCCCCGGGUAGGGUGGGGCCACAAUGGUCGAUCAAAGUUUUGCAUAGGAGUAUAUAGGGAACAUUUUAAAAAUCUUCUCCUCAAGAAUCAAUGUGCCAGGAAAGAUGAAUCUCAUGUAGAAGCAUCCUCAGUUAGUGUAGAUUCAAGUUUGUACAAAUCAUGAUCCUCGGAUGCAGGAUGGGGCAACAAUGGCUGAUCAAAGUUUUACAUAGGAAUUUAUAGGAAAAUCGUCUUCUUAAGUACUUCAAAGCAAUGAUAAGUGAUAUUAUAGGAAGAAAAUGUUUUUAAAAAAUCUUUUUAUCAAGAACAGCAAAGUCAUAUGCUGUAUUAAUGUGAA